CUUUACCACCUGAUAGUUUCAAUUUGGUGUUUAAUAUUUAUACAGUUGUGUGUAUUUCGGUAUUAAAAGAUACGGAAGAAUAAGUAAUUUCUAUUCUACAUACACCUUGUUAAAAAGUCAGAAUGCCAGCGGAUCCAUCGGAAGAAGUAGCCCCUCCUCAGGUCCCAAAGACCGAGCUAGAAGAGCUGCAAAUUAAUGCGCAAGGAGUAGCCGAUGAGUCCCUGGAAAGUACGCGACGUAUGCUUGCUCUGUGUGAAGAGAGCAAGGAGGCAGGGAUACGAACACUUGUAGCCCUUGAUGAUCAAGGAGAACAACUGGAUCGUAUUGAAGAAGGAAUGGAUCAAAUUAAUGCCGAUAUGAGGGAAGCAGAAAAAAAUUUAAGUGGAAUGGAAAAAUGUUGCGGCAUUUGCGUUCUCCCGUGCAAUAAAAGUCAAUCAUUCAAAGAAGAUGAUGGGACAUGGAAAGGCAAUGAUGAUGGAAAAGUUGUAAAUAAUCAACCACAAAGAGUGAUGGAUGAUAGAAAUGGUAUGAUGGCGCAAGCGGGUUAUAUCGGCAGGAUAACAAAUGAUGCUAGAGAAGAUGAAAUGGAAGAAAAUAUGGGCCAGGUAAACACUAUGAUAGGCAACCUCCGUAACAUGGCAUUGGAUAUGGGUUCUGAGCUGGAAAAUCAAAAUCGUCAAAUUGAUAGAAUUAACAGGAAGGGUGAAUCUAAUGAAGCGCGGAUAGCAGUUGCUAAUCAAAGGGCACAUCAACUGUUAAAGUAAAAAGAUUAUGCGAUAAAUACAUAUUUCAAUAUAUUCGUACGUGUGCGACCGAGGCUUCAUUUCGUCAUUUCAGCCCCCUAUGUGCUCCAAAAAGUUAUAUAAAACUGAAAACCUUUCGAAAAAAGAGCCACACAGUAUUUGCAGAACCUUAUUUUUAUUGGAAAUGUCAAAUCAAAAAAUAAUAGGAACUGUUUAUUUUUAAGGUAUACAGAAUCAUCAGAAUUGUGAAACCACUGUUUGAAAGAUACGAAUAUUUCAUGUUUUAAUCCAAAAUAUCCAUUAGUAUUUUAAGAUGCGUAUUAUUUAGUAGUGUAAAGUUAUCCAAACUACUUAAAUUUUGUUAUGCAUCUCCAAGGGAUGUAAUAAUUUGAUUUUUUAGUGUUUUCUGACAUUUUAGACGAGUCGAUAUAGCCAGUUGCCUUAGUUCUUAUACAGAUGACGUUCUUUAAUAAAAAGAUGUUUAACGUUUGUUCAUACAAUACCGAGUAUGCACAUCGCGGUGAUCAAAAGUUUGAGAACGAAAAGUUUAAAAAAGUUUUUAUAACAAAUAUAUAAAUAAUAAUAAUAAAUAAAUAAAUAUUGCCAUUCAGUAGCUUAUAUCUCAAAUUUUGCAUAUCAUGGUAUUCGAAUAUUUUCAAGUGUAUUUAUUUUUUGUCUUACCAUAAUUAGUCCCAAAUUUUCAGUGGUUUUGUAGUAAAGACACCUCUAUAAAAUAUAUAUAUGUACAUAAAUUAAAUUAGAUGGGAACCACCGUUAGCCCUUGCAAUUUGAACGGUUCAAUGGUUUUAAGUUUAACUCGCAUUAAAUUGUAUAGAUGUCGAUUAAAAGAGAUUGGUCCGUUGAAAAGUGUGUAAAAGGUAGAAGGAAGCGUUGCGAACCCGUAAGGUCGUAAUUGAAGAUCACUAGCUGAGUGGCCAAGUUCGCCUGUCUGCCCACGAGAAGAGAUUAGACAUUCAGAAUUUUGAGAUAUCAUAUAGUCGUCGAUCCGACUCGUUACGACCUAUAUACAUUAUAAAUAGAAAAGAUCAUUAUAAAAUAGUUGAAAUUUACUUAUUUAAAAGUAGUAGUUAGUGUUAGAUAUUCGUUGUUUUAUUUAACAGUUUAAAAGUAUACUUUAAGCACAUUGAUUGAAAAUGUAUGUACAGGUUAAAUUAAAUGUAAUUCUUUAUUAACAAUUGAAUUAUUUCAUGGCUUUAUCGACCAGGCACUACAUAAAACAUGGAGUAUUUGUUAAAAUUGCACGCUUAGUAAGUGGUUAUAAACAGUCAAAAUUAUUCUUACUACAUUGUCGCUUACAUAAUUCAUAAGUUACGUUCAUGUAAAAGCACAAGAAAAUCGUAUUAUUAACUUUCUUUAUUAACGUUUCAGACGAAGAUGUUAUAAAAAAUUAAAAUUAAAACAUACCUCUUACAUACAUAUAUAGUAAUUAACAUUCUUCUGUAGUCCGGUUUUAUUAACAUUUUUUGC